CACCGCCGGCACCAGCGACGACAAGCAAAAGACAGUCGCCAACAACUAUGCUCUUCGCUCCUCCACCAGCCUCCUCGACGACCCGCUCUCCCCCGCCGUCACCGGCUUCACGCCCAUCGCUCCUUCACCCAAGCCCAACGCCGUCCGUCCGUCACCCUCGCCCUCGCCGCCCAAUCUCGGGCGUAAGACCUCCUUGAUUGACCUCAAAGACUGGGUCGUCGACGAUGGUCCGUACCCACCUGCGCGCGAGGCCUACGUAAACAUGAAUGGCAAGGCCGGGAUGCCCAUCGCCAUCGCUUCCCGCCCACCCCCACGCCACGUCUCAGACGCAGCGCGUUCCCCCGGCCCGCUAAUUAACCUAGAGGCAUCACCGCCUACUGCGAGCAUGCGCCCAAUACCGCCCCUCCCUCCCCGCAAGCCAUCAUAUGCUUCGCUCAAGUCGGUGACGACCUCUGAAUCGGCCUCGUCCUCUAUGGCCCGCAGCCCUACGGCUCCAUCACCACCCAAGUUACCCCCGCGGGAUCAGCUCAGCGUCGACAACGCACGUAGCCCUUCAGCACGUUGUGGUGGCCAAGGACAAGGGCAUGUCUCUGGCUCCUCAAUAUCCUCCUUCCAUUCAGUCUCCCUCUCAGACGGCGCGAACGACCCACCAAGCGCGCAGCACCUCGGUGCUUCCCCAUCAUCAUCAACCAGUCUCACCGAGUCUUUUGAGAACCUCUCCGCGACGUCGAGCAUUAGCCCAGCCCGCCCUUCUCCCGCACACGACUGGGAGACCUACAUGUCUCUCUCUCGCCCGUCCUCCGAGCCGCCCAAGCUUCCACAACGACUCAAGAGAAAACCUCCCCCAUCGGAGACGAGCCUCUCUCGUCCAACAGGCACACCAAAGCCCUCACCGCCUCCGCCUCCCGUCCAUCCUCCCAUCCGUUCCCGUGCGCCGCCCUCGCGCACAUCCUCUACGUCCACCGCCGUAUCAGAACAAUCGUCCAUCUCCAUGCUCACCGCCUCCUCUGCAACUUCACAUACCCCAUCCAUCAAUAGUUCCUAUGUCACUAUCAAGCCGACACCAACCACGACGCCCAAGUCCACUCCUGUACCCGUCCCUGCGCAGCUCUCCAGACCCACACCCGUCCCUCCCGCGGCCCGCCUACGCUACGAAGCGCUGUUUGAUCGAAACAUAUUGGCGCAGCGAGCAGUGUCGAGAGAGAAUACCAAGUCCCCCCCUCCGGGCGUUGCGCACACCCGCAAGGCUGCUGGCUGGCGCGGGCUCUCGGUCGAUCUGCUCACGAAUCCGGAUUUGUCGACUGCAGAGAAGGAUCAUGGCGUAUCAGAGGUGGGUUCAGACGAGUGGCUUGCAGGGGAGACUGUGAGGCGAAUAUGGUCGCUAUCGAGAUUACAGAAAGAGAGACUUCGGACGAUAUGGGCGGACUGCGACCCGUCAGGCACGGGAACGCUCGAUCGCGAGGCGUUUGUCAAGGGCAUGUGGCGGAUCGACGAGGAGUUGCGACACGCGCAUCUACGCAUGGGACGCUAUGGCAAUCGCGCCCUCACGCGACAUGGAUCGGCACCGAAUUCGAGGGCGUUGAACCUGUUCGGCACGGAGGGACUGAGCAGGACGGGCUCGGGAUCAAAGUUGAUUCUGCGAUAGCAAUGGUACUCUUAAUCUAUAGCAUUUCGCUGCGAGGUGUAUCUAUGUCUCAUGAAUGUUUUUGUGCUUGGUGGACUCUUCUGAGCUGUAUCAUAAUUAACAUAUCGAUGUUGAACGUUGAACGUUGAACGUUAACGUUGAUCAUUGGGAUCAUUGGAAU